AUGAAAGCAGAGAUGAAUAAAAAGAGCAAGGAGGUUAUUGGAGGAGCAAAUAAGUAAAUAACUAGAGAAGAGUAGAAUGAGAAAGUUUCGAUCAUAAUUCAGGAUUAAAAUGAAUAAGAGAAUAACCUUUAGCAACAAGAGCCAUUAACCCAAGAAAUGAAUGAAAAUGAAUGUACAGAUAUUCCCUUGCAGCAAUAGCUGCAGACUAUACUUGAUAUAUCUGAGGAAAUUGAAGAAGCAUUUUUCAAGGAUGUGCCUCCUUAAGACCCAUAGUUCUUAAUAGUAGAAGCAUAAAAUAUGAUUAAAAACACAAGUAUAAAAGAAAAUCCAAGUUUUAAAAGCUAAUUCCUCAAUAAUCUUCAAGUUCAAGGUGGGGUUAUUAAGCAUCAGGUCUCACAAGUAGUGACUAAAGAAACAACAAAUUCAGAGAGCAGCAUGCAGAUAUAAGAGUCACAAAUAAAUUCAGCAAGAAAUAUUACCAAAGCAUCACAGCCAAAUGUCUUAAACAGAAAGCAAUCAAAGUCUAGAAAUCAUUUCUUGACAAGAACUUAAUCAUAACGAGAGAUAUUACUUUCUAAGACUUCAAGUAACUUUCAAAGCCCACUGAGUUCUCAUAAUAUUAAGGUAGACGAAGCAAAAAACCUCAAAUUUUAAAGAACUACGAGUAAAUUAGACAAAUCUUCUCAGAAAGAAAAAAUGAGUAAAACUCAUAACAACUCCAAAUUUCUUAUACAUAACAUUAAUCACCAAAACUUUAUGAUCAUUGCACCACAAUAUCACAUUAAACAAAACCAAGAUUCUAAAACUAAACUUUAGAAUUUUAAGGAUUAUUCUCCUGAGAAAAAAACUUAUGGUCAAGAUCCAUACUAAAGCCAGGAAUUAAACCAGAUUUUGAAAAAGUAUUUCAACCUAAAUUUGAAUACAUAAUAGUAAAUCCAAAGUAGGUUACCUAAAGGUAUUAUAUUUAAUAGGAAUCGCCCACUGAUUAAGAAAAUAGUUAAGAAUAACUAAUAAUAGUAGCUGAAUUCUACUCAAGAUCAAGAGCAAGAAUCUUUAAGCAGUCCCGACUUGAUUGAUAAGUCCAAAGAAAGACUACUAAAAGACAUGUAAACAACUAAGAAAAGUUCAAUAAGGAGGAAAUUUCAAAAUUCCAUAUUCAAAAGAAGUUAGAGUUAAAAUCAAAUUAUUGAAAGCGAAAGCAAAAAAUUAGAAAGUCCCAAAAUUAUAAAAGAUGAAGAGUAAUAAAUGUUGCUUCAUAAGAAUCUAACAUAAAAAUUUCUUGAUAGUUAAAAGCUGAAGUAUCUUCAGAAAAGAAUACAAAGCUCAAAUAUGACUAGGAAUGUUUCAAAUUAAUCUGGAAUUCCAUCGUCAGAAAAUGAAACUGAAAACCUAUCAUCUCAGAAUUUGCAACUUAACUCAUCUUAGUAGCUUAGGCUAUCUAAUAAUUCUGAUAAAAAUAUUAAGCCUACUUCUAAUAAUCAAUCAGAUACUACACAGUAUUAUAUGGAGGGAAACAAUAUGAAAAGUGUGGAUAGACUAUGA